GCAGCCAUGACGACAGGGCUCACCGCAGGGCUCACCUCGCUCGACCUGUUCAACGAGCUACAGUCCCGCAAGAACUGGCCGCACGGCGGCCCUCCGCUCGUCCUGGAUCUGCGUUCCGUCGAGAGCUUCUCCGAGCGCCGCAUCCGCGGCUCGCACCACGCCGUCGUUGGCGAGGAUGGCGUGCUCACCACGCCCGAGCGCGCGGCGUGGGCGGGGCGUACGGUGGUGCUGGUCGCGGAUGACACGGAGCAGGCCUCCGCCGCGGCGGCCUCCCUCCGCGGCGCCGGCGCCAAGCGGCCCCUCUUUCUCGCAGAGCCGUUUGCCGCGUUUGCGGCGGCUCGCCCGUUCCUGACCGCGGCGGGCAGCUCGUCCAAGGCGGGCAAGCGGCCGCCCGCGUACCCGUCGUGCAUUUUGCCCGGCCUCCUCUACCUGGGCGACAUCGAGGACGCCGUCGCGCUCCCGCGGCUCAAGGAGCAUCUCGGCGUCACCCACGCGAUCACCGCGCUGGCAGACCCUCCCGCGUCGCUCAAGGCAGCCGUGCGGGAGGCGGGAGUGAGGCACCUCUGGUGCGCGGUGCGCGACGUCGCCGCGGCCGACAUCAAGGAGCACUUUGACAAGGCUCGCGACUUCAUCGCCGACGCGGAGGCGCGCGGAGGCGCCGUCUUCGUCCACUGCUCUCGCGGCGUCUCCCGCUCCGCUUCGCUCGUCCUCGCCUUCCUGAUGCGCGAGCGCAAGACGCCUCUCUCCGAGGCCGCCGCCCAGCGCCGCCGCCGCCCUUCCCCUCGCCCUUCGCCCUCGACGCCGCUCGCCCUCGCCUCCCGCCCGCGACGCGCGCCGCCGACCCGCGCGCAGGCGCUCGCCCUCGCCACCGGUCGCCGCCCGAUCGUCAACCCGAACGAGGGCUUCCUCCGCUGCCUCGCCGAGUUCGAGCGCGAGCUGACGGGCGAGCGCUCUGGCGUGUACAUCCCACAGCAGGCGGGCGGGGCGCCGGCGGGCGGCGGCGGCGCGCCGGAUUUGCCUCCAGAUUGGGCUGCGGUCGGGCCGCCGGUCGCAUCACGCGCGACUCUCUCUGUGCGCAAAGGCGGCGGCGGCGGGGCGGGCGGCGGGCUGCGCGGCGAGGAGCUCGACAGCCUGCCCAUCGGCGAGCACGCUGUCUACACGUUUGGCCGCUCGCUCACGUGCGACGUGCAGCUCGAGCACGCGUCGGCGUCGCGCGUGCACGCCGCGCUCGUCCACGCGCAGGAGACGGCGGGGCUUGCAGCCCCGCCGGCGGGGCUUGCAGCCCCGCCGGACGGCGGCCUCUACCUGCUCGACAUGAACUCGUCCCACGGCUCGUUUGUCGACGGCGCGAAGCUCAAACCGUGCGAGCGGUGCGGCCCGCUGCGCGACGGCUCCGAGAUCAGCCUCGGCGCUUCCUCGCGCCGCUACGUCGUGCGAGGCGUCGCCGCCGCCGCCGCCGCCGCUGCCGCCGCCGCCGCGUCGGGCUCCGCCGCCGCCGCCCGCCCACCCGGCGUCGACUCGAAGGUGGCGCAGCUGAUGGCGAUCGCAGGCCCGGCCGGCGGCGGCGGCAAGAGGCGGUCGCUGGACGGGGAGGCGGCCGAGGCGGCGGAGGAGCUCGAGCGCAACCGCGAGAAAAAGCUGAAGAAGAAGCGGAAGCGGUGGGUGGACGGGCCAAAGCAGAAGAGCAAGAUGUCGGAGAACGAGCGCGUCGCGCAGAUGGCGGGCUCGGGCUCGGGCUGCUUCGGGCCGGGCUUCGACUAACGGGCGGCGCGCCGCCGCCGGCGGCGCGCCGCUGCUCGCCGGGCGCGUGCGGCGAGGCGGGUCCCGCGGGGCCGGGCGGGCCGCCCCCGGGGGGCGGGGGGAGCAUAAACAAAUAAAUAAAUACGGAGACCUCUCUACUGUGAGGAGGGGUGCAGGGGGACGACCCUGAGCUAAAAGUAUGUACCACCUU